AUGGCUUCCCCUAGAGACCAGCCUUCUGGUGCGGGCGCCUCACCCCAUCACUCAUCCGGCAAUGAAGCGGACGCCACUCCUGUGCGCCCUUCCCAGCCCGGUGCGGGCGCCUCCCAUCACUCGCCCGGCGGUGACACAGGCGCCACUCCUGCCCGUCCCUCUCAGUUUGGCGCGGGCGCCUCCAAGCGCCCCUCUGCUUCUGGUAAGCGCCAUGUCGUAGAGUUCUAA